AUGGAGUUUUACUUGCAGAGCGUCAACUACCACUACCAGAAGAAAAGGUUUCGGAGGUUCAAUGCAAAACAAACAUUACUCCGCAAUGUCAGUGCAUUUGCAGAAGACUUUUUUCAGAACUUGCAUCACGAGUCUGAUCAACAUGAUUCUUCUUCAAGCCAAGGUAGUUCAUGGUUUCAACGGGAUUUUAGGUCUUAUGCACCCAAUUCAAGCAGAUCAAGGAAUAAAGGACACCGAAAAUGGAGUAAGCUACCUCAUAGUAGUGNCAGAAAUCAGAUAGGUUUCAUAUUAUACUCUUUUGUGCCAAAUAAAUCUUCAAUUAUUGAUGGAGUUUUACUUGCAGAGCGUCAACUACCACUACCAGAAGAAAAGGUUUCGGAGGUUCAAUGCAAAACAAACAUUACUCCGCAAUUGUUUCAGAACUUGCAUCACGAGUCUGAUCAACAUGAUUCUUCUUCAAGCCAAGGAAGGUUCGAUUUCACUGAAGAUUUGGACUUUGAAGUAGAAAGCUUUUUCCAUACGGGAUUUGGUGGAAACUAUUACUAUACUUGGUUUGUAAACGAAGAUCCACAACAAAGACGUUCAUCACGUUACUCUAACAAUUAUAGGCAUUCGAAAUGGCGAUUUACAGAUGAAGAGGAUUAUGAUGAUGAAUCAACGGAAUCUGACAUGUAUGAAUCAGAUUUGAAAUCAGAGCGACUGGCCCUUGGGUUGAAUCCCUCAGGUCCUUUAAAUCUGGAAGAUGUUAAAAAUGCAUAUCGAUCAUGUGCAUUAAAAUGGCAUCCAGAUCGCCACCAUGGUCCAUCCAAGGUCGUUGCAGAAGAGAAAUUCAAGGUCUGCAGUGCUGCUUACCAAUUGUUGUGUGAUAAAAUGGCUCUUAACUAAUCAUUUGCUGGACUCGGGAGCACAUGAAUAUUGGCGCUUGAGCGCGUGGCACUUCGAGGCCCUUCAUGAUGCGGCUGCUAUAGUUUUCUCUAUAGCAGGAAUAUUGGCGCUUGAAGAGAAAUUGAAGGCCUGAGGUUCUGAUAUAACAUCAUCAUAGGGGAACAUUUCUAUAGCAUUUUCACUUUCAACUUCAUAUUCAGUACAGAGACAACAAAUUGAACCAUUUUCUUAUUUUGCUCUCUUUUAGUAUCAAUUUCAUCUUCAUCUUCACCCUUCAUGAUUGGAGAUGUUUUGAUGAUAAUUUUGCUUCUACCCAUAUACUGUACAGUUCUUCUCAGUUGAUUAAUACAUUUAGAAGGGUACCUCUGCUCUUCAUUGUUAUCCUUCAAGCUUUUGACCUUAAA